AUGCCCAACGCGCACACUUCGGUGGGCAUCGCCCAGGUCGUCUUCUACGCGCCCAUGGUGCCCAUCGUCAUCUAUCUUUUUUCGCGCAACGCCCGGAUCCGCCCACGCAUGGCCUGGUGGCCUUUGAUUACCUUUGCUUUGUUCCGUCUUGCUGGCGGCAUCGUCACCAUCCUCGCCGAAAAGAAGCCCGGCAACACGGGUCUCUGGAUCGCCGCCCUCAUCCUCCUCAACGUCGGCGUCGUGCCGCUCAUCGUGGCCGACCUGGGCCUGACUCGACUAGUCAUGCAAGAUAACCACGCCUCCAAGCCCUCCUACGACAAGCUCGCCAAGGGUCUGCGCCUCACCUUUCUCGCCGCCAUCCUGCUCCUGGCCGCCGGCGGCGGCACCGCCUCCGUCUCCGCGUCCACCAGCCGCGCCCUGACCCUCGCCGGCUACGUCGUCUUCGCCCUCGAGCUCGUCCUCCUGACCGCCAUGCAGGCCUUUCUCCUCACGUGCGGCCGGUUGCUGCCCAGCAGCCGGCGGGUGCUGGUGGCCACGCUCGCCGCGGCGCCGCCCCUGGCGGUGCGCACCGCGUACGGCCUGCUCGAGGUCGCCGAGCAGGCUGACGCGCGCAGCACGUGGAACCCGCUGACGGGGUCGGCCGUCGCGUUUGCGCUCAUGGCGCUGCUGCCCGAGUACCUUGUCCUCGCGGGCUGGGUGCUCAUGGGCCUGUCGAUCCCGCCGAGGCGCGAGGUCGGCCAGACGCCGCUGGGGAACGAGGAGCUGGCCAAGGUUUAA